CGUCGGGCUGAGGAUUGGUAUACUGAGUUAGACGUUUAACCCCAGAGCCGUGGAUGGACGCAUUUUCAAGUCCAACACCGACUCGUCUUUCAUCACUUCACCAUGGCGGCCGCUAUGGGCUCAGGCAAUGUCACGGCCGGCCGCAUCGAGGAUCCGGAGAAGGUUGGGAGCGCUCCAGAUGCCACCGAGGAGGAGUCGGGGCUGCCCUCACCUCCGGCCGCCCUCGAGCUCCAGCGUUGGAACGAGUCAACCGUGAACGUCUUCCGCUUCCUCUCAUCCAACUACUCCUUUAUAUUGAUGGGCAUGACAGACGGUGCGCUCGGCGCCCUCCUUCCAUACAUUGAAUCAUACUACAGCAUCACCUACACCGUUGUAUCGCUCGUCUUCCUUUCCCCCUUCGUCGGCUACCUUCUCGCUGCCCUGCUCAACAACUUGAUCCACCACUACUUGGGGCAGCGUGGUGUCGCCGUGCUGGGCCCCCUCUGCCGCUUGGUCGGCAUGAUCCCGUUGAUCUCCCACCCGCCGUACCCGGCGAUACCCGUCGUGCUGCUCUUCAUCGGCUUCGGCAACGGCAUCGAGGACUCGGCCUGGAACGCGUGGGUCGGCAAUAUGCAGCGCGCCAACGAGCUGCUGGGCUUCCUGCACGGCGCCUACGGGCUCGGCGCCACCAUCGGCCCGCUCAUCGCCACCGCCAUGGUCACCCGCGGCGGCCUGCCGUGGUACGCCUUCUACUACCUCAUGAUCGGCCUCGACGGCCUCGCCCUGUUCCUGCUGGUGCCCUCCUUCUGGCGCGCCGACGCCAGCGCGCACCGCGCCAUGCACCAGGCCAGCAGCGGCGGCCAGCGCACCACCACGCGCACCGUGCUGCGCUCGCCCGUCACCUGGCUCGUCGCGCUGUUCCUGCUGGGCUACGUCGGCGUCGAGGUCUCGCUGGGCGGCUGGAUCGUGACCUUCAUGCUGCGCGUGCGCCACGCCGACCCCUUCGUCGCCGGCCUGACCGUCACCUUCUUCUGGCUGGGCCUGACCGUCGGCCGCGUCGUGCUGGGCUUCGUGACGGGCCGCAUCGGCGAGAAGCUCGCCAUCACCGCCUACCUGCUGCUGUCGGUCGCCCUCCAGCUGCUGUACUGGCUGGUGCCCAACUUUGCCGCCUCCGCCACCUUCGUCGCCUUCCUGGGCUUCUUCCUGGGCCCGCUGUUCCCGGCCGCCAUCGUCGCGGCCACGAAGCUGCUGCCGAGCGACUACCACGUGUCGGCCAUCGGCUUUGCCGCGGCCUUUGGAGGCGGCGGCGCCGCGCUGUUUCCGUUCGCGGUCGGCGCGAUCGCCCAGAGCAAGGGCGUCGAGGUGCUGCAGCCGAUCGUGCUGGCCAUCUUGCUGUUCAUCUUGCUGAUGUGGUGGAUGCUGCCCGGCGGCUUGCGCAUGGGAGGGCUGGAGAAGGCGAGGGAGAACAACGAGAAGGUCGGCGACAGUGUCAGGAAGAGUAUCUCCUGGUUGAAGGGCAAGAUGGGAGCCAAGACUGGGUGACUUAACGAUGUGAUUGCAAAUGCGCACAGAUACCAACCGUUGGAAACGGCUCUAUUCCCGCUGCUGGGUGCGGCGUCCCCUGCUGUUGCUAUGCGAUGUGUGAUACCGUUGACUUCAGUGUCACAAAGGCUGCCUGGAAUUAAGCUGCCUAGGCGGUAGACAAGUCCAGCGCGGAGUCCAGCGCGCUCCGGCGGGACCCUUCUACCAUCAGCCACACUCCAAACUCGAAGCUCAAAGUAGUUCGCGAGCAUACC